CAACACACAAUACAAUUGAGAUACAAUCAAAGCUAAGAGAGAGAGAGAGAAAAGUGUAGAGAGAGAGAGGGGCCUCCCUGGUCCAUCAUUAUUCAGACAAAGGUCUCAUCUCUGUAUCUCCAUCUCUAUCUCGAUCACAGAUUCAAAUUCGAAAGUUGAAACCCUAGGUUUUGUAUCAGAAGAAGGAAAUGGCGGAGCAGAAGAACAAGUGGAACUGGGAGGUGCCCGGGUUCGAACCAAUGAAAUCGUUCGAGCACGACGAUCAAAAGCCCGCACAUCUGGUGAGGAGGUACUCGGUCUCUUCUUCGUCUAUCCCAGCACAUUCCGAGCUCUCCAAGCAUGCUUUGGCCCCAAAGAUUCAGAGAUUGAAAGACAAAGUUAAACUUGCCAGAGAAGAUUACUUUGAGUUGAGACAAGAAGCCAGUGACCUCCAGGAAUACUCUAAUGCAAAACUUGACCGAGUUACACGUUAUCUGGGUGUUCUUGCUGAUAAAGCCCGUAAGCUAGAUCGGGCUGCCCUUGAAACUGAAGCUAGAAUUUCUCCAUUGUUAAAUGAGAAGAAAAGGUUGUUUAAUGACUUGCUCACUGCCAAAGGAAACAUAAAGGUGUUUUGUCGUACAAGACCACUUUUUGAAGAUGAAGGUCCAUCUGUUGUUGAAUUCCCUGAUAAUUUUACCAUUCGCAUCAAUACUGGUGAUGAUACUGUCUCCAACCCAAAGAAGGAUUUUGAAUUUGACAGGGUUUAUGGGCCUCAUGUUGGACAAGCUGAACUUUUCAGUGAUAUUCAGCCAUUUGUGCAAUCAGCUCUGGAUGGCUAUAAUGUUUCUGUAUUUGCUUAUGGGCAAACCAGUUCAGGAAAGACACACACUAUGGAAGGAUCUAGCCAUGAUCGUGGUUUAUAUGCCCGAUGCUUUGAGGAGCUAUUUGACUUGUCCAACUCAGAUACAACUUCUUCUUCUCGAAUUAAAUUUUUCGUCUCAGUCUCAGAGCUCUACAAUGAACAGAUAAGGGAUUUGCUUUCUGAAUCUCGGAACAGUCUACCAAAGAUCCGCAUGGGGUCACCAGAUUCUUUUGUAGACCUUGUGCAGGAAAAGGUUGACAAUCCGUUAGAUUUUUCUAAAAUACUGAAAGUGGUACUUCAGAAUCGGGGAAUUGGUGAAUCAAAGUCCAACGUUUCUCAUCUGAUUGUCACAAUUCAUAUAUGUUAUAACAAUCUGAUCACCGGAGAAAAUAUAUACAGUAAGCUUUCUCUUGUUGACUUGGCUGCAAGUGAUGGUUUAAAUGUGGAAGAUGAUGGUGGGAACCAUGUAACAGAGUUGCUGCAUGUCACAAAAUCACUUUCAGCGUUGGGAGAUGUUUUGACUUCCUUGACCUCAAACAAGGACACUGUUCCUUAUGAAAAUUCAAUGCUCACAAAAGUUCUUGCAGAUUCAAUAGGUGGAAGCUCAAAAACUUUGAUGAUUGUUAACAUUUGUCCAAAUGAUUCAAAUUUAUCUGAGACAUUAUCGUCUCUCAAUUUUUCUGCCAGAGCUCGAAAUUCUGUACUGAGUCUUGGAAAUCGAGAUACCAUUAAGAAAUGGAGAGAUGUUGCAAAUGAUGCACGGAAGGAAUUGUAUGAAAAAGAAAAGGAUAUUAAUGAUCUGAAGCAAGAGGUUUCGGGACUAAGACAAGCACUUAAAGAUGCAAAUGAUCAGUGUGUCCUUCUCUUCAAUGAAGUUCAGAAGGCGUGGAAAGUUUCUUUCACAUUACAGUCCGAUUUGAAGGCAGAAAAUAUUUUGCUGGCAGAUAAACAUAGGAUAGAAAAGGAUCAAAAUGCUCUGCUUAGAAAUCAAGUUGCUCAACUAUUACAGUUGGAGCAAGAUCAAAAAUUGCAGAUACAGCAACGUGAUUCAACAAUUCACACAUUGCAGGAUAAGCUAAGAAGCAUUGAAUCUCAACUGAAUGAAUCCCGUCACUCUAGUGAGGGUAGGUUGAUGAUGGGCUCUGAAUCAAAGCAUGUAGCUCAGUCAAUUCCCAAGGCGGCAGGGGAUGGCUUGGAUUCUGCUGUAGUUACCAAGAAACUUGAAGAAGAACUCAUAAAACGUGAUGCACUUAUUGAGAGGUUGCACGAGGAAAAUGAGAAACUGUUUGAUAGAUUGACCGAGAAAGCGAAUUUAAAUGGAUCACCGCAGGUGUCAAGUCCAUCACCCAAAGGUCUUGUUAGUGCUCAGGCUCGGGAUCUGGGGAGGAAUGAUACCAAUAGUAAAGGACAUUCUAUGGAUGUUGUCCCUUUGCCGUUGGCCACAGACAAGACUGAAGGCACUGUUGCUCUGGUAAAGUCAAGUACUGAGAAGGUGAAGACGACCCCAGCAGGAGAAUAUCUUACUGCUGCCCUGAAUGACUUUGAUCCUGAGCAAUAUGACAGUCUUGCCACAAUUUCUGAUGGAGCAAACAAGCUUCUGAUGCUGGUUUUGGCUGCAGUCAUUAAAGCAGGUGCUUCUCGUGAGCAUGAGAUUCUUGCUGAAAUAAGAGAUGCUGUUUUUUCUUUUAUCCGUAAAAUGGAGCCGAAGAGGGUAAUGGACACUAUGCUUGUUUCUCGUGUUAGGAUUUUGUAUAUAAGAUCGUUGCUUGCUAGAUCACCAGAGCUGCAAUCUAUCAAGGUUUCUCCUGUUGAGCGCUUUCUAGAGAAGGCUAAUACUACUGGACGCAGCAGAAGCUCCAGUCGGGGUAGCAGCCCUGGAAGAUCUCCUCUGCGUUAUGAUUCCAGCAUGAGGAAUUCUUUUGUUGAUGAGCACAUUCAAGGCUUUAAAGUAAACAUAAAGCCCGAAAAGAAGUCAAAAUUAUCGUCAGUUGUUCUGAAGAUACGUGGAAUUGAUCAGGAAACAUGGAGACAGCAUGUAACUGGUGGAAAGCUUAGGGAAAUAACUGAAGAAGCCAAAAGUUUUGCAGUCGGAAACAAGGCUCUUGCUGCACUGUUUGUCCAUACUCCAGCUGGUGAGCUGCAGCGUCAAAUCCGAUCUUGGCUGGCAGAAAACUUUGAAUUUCUUUCUGUCACUGGAGACGAUGCUGUAGGGGGGACAACUGGUCAGUUAGAGCUGCUUUCAACUGCAAUAAUGGAUGGUUGGAUGGCUGGACUUGGUGCUGCGCUACCACCCAGUACGGAUGCUCUUGGCCAGCUUUUAUGCGAGUAUUCAAAGCGAGUCUAUACUUCUCAAUUGCAGCACUUGAAGGAUAUUGCGGGUACUUUGGCAACUGAAGAUGCAGGAGACUCAGCACAAGUUGCUAAACUACGUUCAGCUCUCGAAUCCGUUGAUCACAAGAGAAGGAAGAUUUUGCAGCAAAUGAGAAGUGACGUAGCGUUGGUAACAUUAGAAGGUGGUGGUUCACCUAUUCGAAAUCCUUCUACCGCGGCUGAGGAUGCACGGCUAGCAUCUUUAAUUUCCCUUGAUAGCAUGUUGAAGCAAGUCAAGGAUAUAAUGAGACAAUCCUCUGUAAGUACAUUGAGUAGCAGUAAGAAGAAAGUAAUGCUUGCAUCUAUAGGUGAACUUGCAGAAAGGAUGCCUUCAUUGCUUGACAUUGACCAUCCAUGUGCCCAGAGACACAUUGCACAAGCUCGUCGUACAGUAGAGUCAAUUCCUGAGGAGGAUGAUCGUCUUCAAGAGUCUGCACAUGCUUCCAAAGUGUCCGUAGAUUUGGGUUCAGGCAUUGGAACUGAUGUGGCACAAUGGAAUGUCCUGCAAUUCAACACCGGUUCAACAACCCCAUUCAUCAUUAAAUGCGGAGCAAACUCAAACUCUGAGUUGGUCAUCAAAGCCGACGCCCGUGUUCAAGAACCUAAAGGUGGCGAGGUAGUGUGUGUUGUUCCGAGACCAACAGUUCUGGAAAACCUGAGCUUAGAAGAGAUGAAAGACGUUUUCUCUCAACUGCCCGAGGCUCUAAGCUUGCUUGCCCUUGCCAGGACAGCAGAUGGAACCCGAGCUCGAUAUUCUAGGCUGUACAGAACUCUGGCCAUGAAGGUUCCGGCACUGAGGGAACUAGUUGGUGAGCUGGAAAAGGGGGGAGUGUUGAAGGAUGUGAGGUCAUGAGUGCUGAAAGGGCUUGAGGGGAAGGAUUGUAUUUUUUGUAUUUAUUAUGUAUUGUGUUGGGGCCAGUGUUUAUAUCAUUUUGAGGUUUCUCAAAGCAAAAUUAGGUCUGUUCUUUUGUUGCUUGAUUUGUCCCUGCCAUUGUAGUUGUGUACCUGGAAAAAACUGUUAUGUUAUAAUUUUGUCACCAUGCAUGGUACGCAUGUAUUCUCGGUUAUGAUUAUUGAAAUUUGCAAGGCGUUUUAGGGUAA